AACAAUUUUUUGAAAAAGAAGGUUAAAACCCCAUUUUCAAGCUAAGGUGAGGUGUCAUUUUCUUGUGAAAAUUACAUUCUAAAAGAAAAACUAUAUGUUUUUCUAAUUUUUAUCUACAUUUUAAUCAUUUGCCUUGCUUCCUUAAUACUGAAAGUGAUUAUUUUAUAUUUAGAGAGUGAGUUUGAGGGAGAAAGAGCAAAGCAAAGAGAGAUAAAGGUAGAGGCCAGAAAACAGAGAAAAGGGUAGCUAGAUCUUGUUGGGUUAUAGAAGCUAGCUCCAUUUAUCCAUGGCUUCUAAGCUUCUUUUGAUUGCUGUCUUUGUUCUUGAUCUCAUUGCUUUUGGUUUAGCUGUUGCAGCUGAACAAAGAAGAAGCACUGCCCAGAUUGUCCAGGAUAGUGAAGUUAAUUAUAACUAUUGUGUCUAUGAUUCAGACAUAUCAACAGGCUAUGGUGUUGGUGCAUUUUUGUUCCUUAUGGCCAGUCAAGCCCUCAUAAUGGUUGCAAGCCGAUGCUUCUGCUGUGGAAAGGCUUUAAACCCCAGUGGUUCAAGGGCUUGGGCAGUUAUCCUUUUCAUAGUCUGUUGGUUGUUGUUCAUAAUUGCUGAGAUAUGCUUGCUGGCCGGAUCAGUGAGAAAUGCCUACCAUACCAAAUACCGGACCAUUUUCAGCGAGCAGCCUCCUUCCUGUGAAACUGUGAGGAAGGGAGUUUUUGCUGCGGGGGCAGCUUUCAUUUUCUUAAAUGCCAUAGUCAAUAAGUUCUACUAUAUUUGCUAUUCCAGUGCUAGCGAGAAAAGCUUCCAGGCUUACGGUGGAGAGACCGGUGUCGGGAUGGGAACCUACAAAUAAACACGGCUGGAAAUGCUAUUUGUCUUAUUACAGUAGAUGUGACUACCUGGACUCUAUGCCAUCAAUUUGCUUACUCCAUUGUCUGUUUUUGAGGUGCAUUUCAUGUGCCAAGGGUUCGAUAUAGUAGUUGAUAGAUUGUAUUUUGUGUCAGAUUCAUAUUUUUCUUUAUUUCCUUUUUUCCCCAUUCCAAGAUACUGUAAAAUUUUUUGAAGUUUCUUGUAUUCAUAUCAAUAACAAAAGAUUGUUGUUUGUGUAACAAGAAAUGUCAGUGAUGUAAAAUCUUGAACGAAUUACAUGAUCUUCAUUGGGGUUAAAACAACUAAACCCAAGUCUUAAUGGGAAGGCCCUUUAUUCUUAAUUUA